UUGUGUUGUUUAGUUAUUCAUUGGGGGAGUUGGAGAGGGUUGGAGGGGGGGGGGGUAUUGUUUAGGGGGAGGCUGUUUAGGGAGAGGGGGCGCUUAGGGAAAGAGGGAGUGGGUGUUGUUUACGGGGGAAUCAGCUUCUGUUGAUGUAAAAUUAGAAAUAUAUUUUUUUAAAAAUAUUUCCAGCCAAUUCCCCCAUCCAAUUUUUAUCCAAUUAUUGGAAUUAUUUGUUUAAUUGACUUGGCCGUUUCUUUAUUUUGGUUUUUAUUCGAUCCAAUGCAACAACAACAAAUACAUUUUCCCCUUCAAGUAAUUCAAAUUAAAUAUUUAAAUUUAAUUAUAAUAGGAACCUCCAAUUGGGACAGAAUUGGAUAUUAUGUUACUUCCAGUACUUGAUUUAUGCCAAAGUCAGUAUCAUGAUGUUUGGACUGCAAUAAUUCUCUCAUAUAAAGGCUUACUUCUAUUAUUAGGCCUUUUUCUUGCUUAUGAUACAAAGCAUUUGAAAGUUAGAUAUUUAAAUGAUUUAAAUUCUACACUACUUUCUGUCUGCAAUGUUGGUGUUCUUUGUCUUCUUUGUGGAACAAUUGUUGUAUUUUUUCUUAGAACACAACCCAAUCCUUUUUUCUGUUUUAUUUCCAUAACUGUUUAUGUGUGUACUUUUGUAAGUAUUGGACUUAUAUUUGGUCCAAAACUUUUAUUUAUUUAUCGAAAUCCGCAUUCAACAAAGGAAGAGGAGGAAGAAGAACAACAAUAUCAAAAACAAAAUACAUUCCAUGAAUCUUCUAUUAAUCAGGCUGAACAACACAGAUAUCAACAAUUAUUAAAAGAAAAUAUGGAAUUGAAAAGACAAAUUGAAACUAGAAAUAUUCGAAUUCAAGAAUGUAGACGUAUAUUAGAGAAUCAAUUAGUAUUGAGCAGUCCAAGAGUCAAAUCAAAUAGAAAAUUUGUUCCUCAAAACAAUAACAACAACAAUACUGCAGCAAUUUCAUCCUCUAUUACUAUUGAAUAUACAAGCUCCAGUUGUUUACCAACAACUUCAAGUGGAGUAGGGGGAAUGGGAGGAAAUGGAGGGAUUUUAUUAGAAUUAGACCAAACAACAAUUUCAAGCGUAAUAGAGCCAACAAUGAUUACAAUAUUAGAUCAACAACAAGAACUCUCAACAAUUGAAAUGGAACAAAGUUGUGAUAUUACUGAAGAAGAAUUACCUCUUAUAGAAGAUGUAAAAAGGAGAGAAGAAAGAUCCCCUGUUAUUUGUGGAGGGGGUGAUACUGGUGUUUGUAGUGAUUAUGAUGAAGAUGAAGAAAAUUAUUUAAAUAAAAGAAAGCCAACCUUACAAAAUAAUUCUUCUACUGAAUUUUUAAAUAAUAAAGAUGAAGAUGAGGAGGAGGGGGAAGAAGAUGAAGAAAUACUCUUAUAA